CAGACAUUACCGCAAGGGUCUCUUCUUCUUCUUCUAAUAUGCCGUUCAUAAACCAACGCUAAGUUAGUACUCUCUCUCUCUCUCUUCUUCUUCUUCAACGCAGCCAAAAAAAAAAAAGAAGAUGAGAGCUUUCGAUACUCAUCAUCAUCAGCAGCAUCUUCUUUCUCUGCUGCUGCAAUGGCACAUCGUCUCGAUUUUCCCGCUUCUUCUCACGCCAUGCUUCGCCUUCACUGACAUGGACGUACUCCUCAAGCUCAAAUCCUCCAUGAUCGGACCCAACUGUUCCGGUCUCCACGACUGGAAACCUUCCUCUUCUCCGGCCGCUCACUGCUCCUUCUCCGGCGUCUCCUGCGACUCCGACGGUCGCGUCGUCUCCCUCAACGUCUCCUUCACUCCUCUCUUCGGCACGAUUCCGCCAGAGAUUGGGAUGUUGAACCGUUUGGUGAAUCUGACCUUGUCGGCGAACAAUUUUACUGGUGGAUUGCCUGUGGAGAUGAAGAAUCUCACCUCUCUGAAGUUCCUCAAUGUGUCGAACAAUGGCAACCUCACCGGCGAUUUUCCCGGUGAGAUUGUCACGGCGAUGACGGAGCUCGAAGUGCUCGAUGCGUAUAACAACGCCUUCACUGGGAAGUUGCCGCCGGAGGUCUCUGGGCUUAAGAAGCUAAAGUAUCUCUAUCUCGGCGGGAAUUUCUUCGAGGGGGAUAUUCCGGCAAGCUACGGAGACAUCGAGAGCUUGGAGUUUCUCGGACUCAACGGCAACGAUCUCUCCGGCGAGACGCCGUGGUUUUUGUCUCGGCUGAAGAAUCUGAGGAAGUUGUUCAUUGGUUAUUUCAACAAGUACACCGGAGGGAUUCCGCCGGAGUUCGGCGAGUUGACGAACCUCGAGAUCCUCGACAUGUCGAGCUGUAAUCUCACCGGCGAGAUUCCGGCGAGCCUGGGGAAUCUGACGCGUUUGAACACGUUGUUUCUUCAGUUCAACAAUCUCACCGGGAAAAUACCGCCGGAGCUGUCCGGGAUGGUGAGCUUGCAAUCUCUGGAUUUAUCCGUUAACCAACUAACCGGAGAGAUCCCACAGAGCUUUUCCACUCUCCGGAACACCACUCUGAUCAAUCUGUUUACGAACAAUCUGUACGGUGAAAUCCCAUCGUUCAUCGGAGAUUUCCCGAAUCUCCAGGUUCUUGAGGUGUGGGAGAACAAUUUCACGUUCGGGUUGCCGGAAAAUCUCGGCCGGAGCGGAAAGUUGCUGAAGCUCGACGUGUCUAAUAAUCAUCUCACUGGGUUGAUUCCCAGGGAUUUGUGUAGAGGUGGGAAGUUGCUGACGCUGAUUCUCUCGAACAAUUUCUUCUUCGGUCCGAUACCGGAGGAACUCGGCAAAUGCAAGUCUCUGACCAGAAUCCGGAUCGUGAAGAACCUCCUCAACGGGACUGUUCCGGCAGGGUUCUUCAACUUGCCGGUGGUGACGAUCAUCGAGCUCACCGACAAUUUCUUCUCCGGAAAACUCCCGGCGGCGAUGUCUGGCGGCGAGCUCGACCAGAUUUACCUCUCGGACAACUGGUUCUCCGGCGAGAUUCCUCCUGCAAUUGGCAAUUUCCCAAAGCUGAGGACACUAUCUGUCGAUAGGAACCGAUUCGGCGGCGAAAUCCCCAGAGAAAUCUUCGAUUUGAAGCAUCUCUCGGAGAUCAACAUCAGCGCGAACAACAUCGCCGGAGCAAUCCCUCGCUCCAUCACUCGCUGCACCUCCUUGAUCUCCGUCGAUCUCAGCCGCAACCGUCUCGCCGGAGAAAUACCCAACGGAAUCGUGAAUCUGAUCAACCUCGGAAUCCUGAAUCUCUCCUGGAAUCAACUCACCGGCCACAUCCCCACCGAGAUCGAGAACAUGACGAGCUUGACCACUCUCGAUCUCUCCUUCAACGACCUCACCGGAAAAGUCCCUUUCGACGGCCAGUUCAUGGUCUUCAACGACUCAUCCUACACAGGAAACCCACGCCUCUGCCUUCCCCACCGUGUCGCGUGUCCUUCACGCGCCGGGAAAACCUCCGGCGAGGGUGAAACGACAUCGUUCUCAGCCUCGGGGCUAAUAAUCACGGUUGUCUCACUAAUCACGGCCUUAAUGCUGAUUAGCGUAACGGUCUACCAAAUCAACAAGAAAAUGCAUCAGAAAUCCCGCGCGUGGAAGCUAACCGCGUUCCAACGACUGGACUUCAAAGCAGAGGACGUCCUCGAGUGCCUAAAGGAAGAGAACAUCAUAGGCAAGGGCGGGGCAGGGAUCGUAUACCGCGGGUCCAUGCCGAAUAGCGUGGACGUCGCGAUCAAACGCCUCGUCGGUCCGCGUGGAACGAGCCGUAGCGACCAUGGGUUCGCAGCCGAGAUCAAAACCCUAGGCCGUAUCCGUCACCGCAACAUCGUGAGGCUACUCGGUUACGUGUCGAACAAGGAAACGAACCUCCUGCUCUACGAGUACAUGCACAAUGGGAGCCUCGGGGAGCUAUUGCACGGGUCGAAAGGCGGGCAUCUUCAGUGGGAGACGAGAUAUAGAGUAGCUGUUGAGGCCGCGAAAGGGCUGUGUUAUCUUCACCAUGACUGCUCGCCGUUGAUAUUGCACCGUGACGUGAAGUCUAACAACAUCUUGUUGGAUUCGGAUUUUGAGGCUCAUGUCGCUGAUUUUGGUCUCGCUAAGUUCUUGGAAGAUGGAGCUGUUUCCGAGUGUAUGUCGUCCAUUGCUGGAUCCUACGGAUACAUAGCCCCAGAGUAUGCCUACACGUUGAAAGUGGACGAGAAGAGCGACGUGUACAGCUUUGGAGUGGUUCUACUGGAACUGAUAACGGGGAGGAAACCUGUGGGAGAGUUCGAGGACGGGGUGGACAUAGUGGGGUGGGUGAGGAACACGGUGGCCUCCGAGAUACCGAUGAUCGAUCCCUCGGAUGCGGCCACAGUGAUAACGAUCGUCGACCCGAGGCUGACGGGGUACCCGAUAAACAGCAUGAUCCACAUGUUCAAGGUCUCGAUGAUGUGCGUGGAGGCCGAGGCCACGGCUCGGCCGACUAUGAGAGAGGUCGUCCAUAUGCUCACUAACCCUCCUCGGUCAGUGACCAACUUCAUCACUUUCUGACUCUGUUUUCGUUGAACCAUGGAAUUUGGUUGCUUAUUAUGUUAUGGGUCAAAAUUAAUUCGUGUUUGGAAUUGGUAAUAAUAAUAAUUUUGUGUUGUUCGUACAAGUGUAGUGAGGGGUCUAUGUGAAAUACUUGUGCUGUUGUAUAUGUUAAGUUUUAAUUUGUAUAUUACGUUUUGUGUUGUUAUGCAUUCAUAUAUUUA